AUGGCCACCACAACUUACGAAGCAUCCUACAAGAAGUACUUUGGAAACAGAUUUGAAAACAUCUCCAAAAAUUCUUCAGAUGAAGAAAUUCGCCAUCUUUAUGAUAAGUGGGCAGCCGAUUAUGACAAGGUAUACAAAACUGCUUGUUAAAUCCCUGCACCGCAACCCUGGCCAAAAGUCAGCUAAAGUCCGUGGGACAGUGAUGCAAUAUUCUUAAUUAUCUGGGUGUCCCCUAGCCUGCAAAACAGGCCUUAUUUUUAAGACUGUGCUACCUUUUGGAAAACAGCAUGAAAUUUUCUCUUCCCCUACUCUAUUAGCGUCGAACAGCAGACGUAUUUCCGGUCCUCGCUCGACCGGAAAUACGUCUGCUGUUUGCAGGCUACUACUCUAUACGUUGAUGAAACUCGCGAAAAAGUCUGGAUACUAUGGGUCCAAAGUUGUUUUGUGAUAUGGGUGGGGCUGGGCAUGGGUGGUUUUUAAAAUGCCCCUGAAAACUGCAAAUUAGCCUGUGGCACGCUCUCGCUGGUCAAAGCAGACGAGAGAAAAAUGUGGGUGGAACAGCGAAAAACGGAGGGAAGAGAGAAGGGCAGAGCUUGUAAGCAUCUUUAAAAUAUCUUAUUCCUCCCACUAACCCGCGCACUUCCAGAAAAAAAAAAAACAUUUCUCGUGUCAAAAUGUGUUGUGUAGGAGGGUUUUGCACAGUGUUUGCCUGACUCUGCGAGCGCGAAGGCAGUGUUGACGCCAACUGCCAAAAUUGACCAAUCAUAUGGACUGGUAUACCAGGAACUGGUAUACCGGAAUAAAGUAUUAAAAACAAUGCUUACAGGCUCUCUUUCCUGUCCCUUCCCAGUCCUCUUGAGGUUUUUGCGCAACUUUUCUCGAUCUGCUUUCCCUGCUAUCUUGCAGCCUGGAACAGGCUGAAUGCAAGUUUGUCCCCGAGAGAUUUAUCCAUGGUUGCAGGUCUUUUGUUUUGGGCACGGGUGAUGGAUAGGUCCUGAACACUCAGUUUAUAUUUAUCACUGACUAAUUGUCAGCUGUAUAGAUGCUCGCUGAAGGCCCAUCCGCUUCAGGAAGGGUUUUUAUACUUUGCAAAUUUGUGAGUGCGCUUAGCAUGCGCAUGACACAUAAGUAUCUCAGUUACUUCUUCAGGUACUACUACAAAUCCAAAAAAUAUAUGCGCCGUUAAACAAUAGCUAUAAUAACAGCCACAGAAAUCGUACGAAUGGGAUAUUCUACAAAACAUCUCCAGAUCGAUCGGUCAAUCUUUUCCUACGGGACCCUUGUCAUGAAUUAUUUUGCGUAUUUAAUUUUUUUUUUGCGUCAGGUACGUAGGAAAGGACGCCGAGGUAACAAAAUCACUGCGCCUUCUAAGCUUUCGCAUGACGCAGCAUUUACAUGGUGACCAAGUGAUCUGUCAUGUAGGUUUAAAAAGUGACUCAUUUUGGGGAAUUUUGCUAUCUGAACAGUUCUUUUAUUAGAAGAAUUAUUACUUAAAUGUCUAUAAGAACCUCGAGAGACUAACUUAUCUCUUACCUGAAUGAUUCACACUGUCGAGGUAGAACUCAUAGACAGAUGUUUCUGUUGGUUUUUGGCUGCCAUGUUGGUGCCCAUCCGGAUGGGUAGCAACGUGGCGUCUCCAUACAAAGCUCUAUAAAUUCGGGUAAAACAUUUCUCCGAAUAUCCCAAAUAUGUAAAAUUGCACUGACCAGAAUCUUGGCGAGGGUCUUCGCAUAUUUAUUUCCUUUCAUUUCUCAGAUUAUGGACGUAAUUUAUCGAACGGUCUUGAUUUUAUCAUGGUUUCACGGCAUGACAGUGAAAACCAGUAAUACGCAAUAACAGCGUCUUGUUCAAACCAAGAGAGGAUAAAGCUCAGAGAACGAAUCCCCCCAUACGGGCCUUAUACGACUUAUACCCGUCGUAAUCCCUCUAAAGAUAUUUUUAGAUCUAUAUGUGGAUUCGUUUUCUGAGCUUUAUCCUCUCUUGUUUAAACUUACCUAGGGAUACAUGUUGCAAAACGAAAAUUGGACUCAACAACAUUGACGACUUUAAAUUCGUAUUUCUAAUUUUUAAUUGCAUGUCCCUUUAAGGAAAAUGCCAAAGCAGGCUCGUGCUACCGCAAACCGCUCGCUGAAUGCCUGGAUGCUGCCUUGAAGGAAGCUUUUCCCAACACUCUCAAAGAUCAACUGAAAAUUCUCGAUGCUGGAGCUGGAACGGGGAUGACAGGGAUCGAGCUACACAAGCUUGGCUAUACUGAUAUCCACGCCCUAGAUAUCUCACAAGAGAUGCUGAAUAUUGCUAAAGAGAAAGGCGUUCCGUACAAGAGGUUUGUCUGCACCCCACUCACAGAGCAGAGUAUUGAGGAGUUUGAAACAGGAGAGUUUGAUGCCUUGAUUUCGGCUGGUGUCCUGGUAAAGGCUCAUGUUCGUCCAGCGGCUUUUGUGGAGAUCAUCAGGAUGGUGAAAACCGGUAAGACUGGUUUAAGUAACGGUAAAAUAGGUAAUUUGUUUUGUUUUGCAAUUUUUUGGAAAUAAUGCUGCAAAACGAGUUGGAAAGCGAUGUUGCGCGUUGUACCACUUAUUUUAAAUUCCCUCUACAAAAAAUACAGCUGCAAUUUGCGUGAAUACUGCCUUUUGAUUGGAUGAAAUUACGCGGGAGUCUCGCGUUACCCCGGAAGUUGCAUCACCGACUUGCUGCAAAACAAGCUUGCUUUGGGCCGUUAAAACGCGAAACGUGUACAGACUUUGUUGCAUAAAUUAGAACUUCUUCCUACUUUUCUCCAACAACUGUUCGCAACUUGCAACAAUAUGAUUUGUUGCCAGACAGCUUUCCUUUGCAGGUGGUAAAAUGCACACAAGAUCACCAUUCAACUCUUUUAGCACGAGCUAUGUUGCAAACAAGUUGCGCGUUUUUGUUGCCACCAGCAUGUAUUUUCUCUAAACUGAUUUCCAUACAUUUCCUUUAUUGCUGGUAAAGAUAAUUUGUUUAACAAUCAAGACCUUUUUCACUUGUCGAUCAUUUCUCUUUUUCUCAAAACCUUCAUGAUGUAUUGGGCAAACUAUUAAUUUUGGGGUCACUCUUAAAUUGGGGGUUUAAGGGGUGAAUCAAAUAUGCUAGCAGUCUUCGAACAAGUUGUUGUUUUUUUUUUAACUGGUUUUCAAUUUUAUCGUUUGUAGGUGGACUUGUCUGCUUUUCGCUUCGGUAUAAUGAAGUAGAUGACUACAAACCGAAGAUGACGGAGCUAGAGAAAGCUGGAAUAUGGGAAAAACUAAGCAGCAAGAAAAUAUCUUACUUCGAAAGUAAAGAUUUGCCAAGUGACGCCUUUGGCUUCGUGUACAAAGUUUUAAAAAAAUGAGCAUGUAACAAACACUUCAAUAAUUUUAUAGUUAUAACUACGUAAAAUGAAUUGGAUAAUGUUCUGCGGGCAGUCCACUAUUUAUUUUACCAACUUAAACCACGGAAGUUUAAGCAAAUCCGGGGAGUAUGUAAAAAUCCGUUAAUGUUACUCUCUUGUCAUUGGCCGUAUUUAUACUAGAAGACGUCUUAAACGUCUGACUGUUAAGUGCGUCAUUAAGUGCGUCCCGUUUUUAUACUAGACGUCUUAAACGUCUGAGACGACUAAUUCAUCUGUUAAGUGCGUCGAUCGGACGCCCUUAACUUCAGACGUUUAAUUCGUCUGACGUUUAAUGCGUCUGUCUUAUUUCCAGUAUUUAUACUAGACGUCUAAGUCGUCUAAGACGUCUUAGACGUCCUCUAGUAUAAAUACGGCGAUUUUCCGUCUCAUUUGCGUCCCGUUUCUAUAGAUAUCCUGCACUAUUGACGUCAAUUUACCAGAUAUUGUGAACGAUAUCACAAACGUCUUGUUCAUGAACGCUAGCUGGUUAUGAAGAAUAAGACGAGGGAUUUGAGUCAAUUAAAAACUAAUUGAAUGAAUAAGGAUAUGGCACUGCUGAAAACCUGUGACGUCAUUUACAAUGGUUGCUAUCUUGGAUUGUUCUGUAAUUUUAGACUUAUCGAGGUUGAAUUGUUUCUUAAAAAUAUUUAACCUGCGAUUAGGAGGUCCUUCUUCAUUUUUUCUUUGCGAGGCGAGAGGAAAAAGCUCCUCUUUUUUCCCCUUUGCCUGUCUACCGAAUUUCGCGCUUCCCGAAAAAAAAGGCCUGAUCGCCGGUUGAACAAAUGUUAUGUUAUUUUAUUAUAUAGACACGAGUGUUUUACUGGAAAAUAUACCACUCGUAAAAUUCAUAAAAACUACAUCCGGGACCCGAGUGGUUUAUUUUCCAUAAUCUCACACGUGAGUUUAUCGAUGACGUAAUUUUGGUCAUUUCCCUCUAUUAUUUUAUCGAUGUCAUUUUGUCUAUUUAAUAAAAAGAACAUUACACGGCGACUUGAAGAUAUGAAUUUUAUUUUCUCGUGUCAAAAACAAUAUUUUACUCUCUCGCUGCGCUCGUUCGUAAAAUAUUGUUUUGCCACUCGAAAAUAAAAUUCAUAUCUUCGCGCCACCGUGUAAUAUCCUGUAUAUAUUUUUUGUUCAUUGGGUAAAAAAUAUACAGUCGACGAACUUCCCGUAAGCGAUACUCUGGAUUUCAAGUGAUAGGGAUGAUCGAAGGAUUUUUCGGGUGGUUUGAAAUUUUCGAUUUCGGGAUUUUUUGGGAAGAAAAAGUUUGGCAAGUAGUUUUUGAAUUGGGUAGCUUGAUUUAAGUAGGGAUUUUUUGGGUAUUUAAAACUAUCUGAAGAUUUGUGAUAGUUCUCGCGUAUCCCGGCCGCAUAGUUCCUCUGGAAAUUUUUAUGGCUCGUAAAUUCGGCAUGGGAUUUUUUGGGGUUUUGUUUGAAGCCCUAGGUAUUUUUUUGGGUUUUGAUUUUUGCCCAUGCGAUCAUCCUUGUCACUUGAAAUUCGAAGUGACACCGCCCCCUUGGAUUUCGGCCUCCCUCAAAAAAGUUGAUGCCGUGCGUUUUAUAUAAACAAUAGGAUACGCAUCACUAGUGUAAUGCCCUGCGGGCAUGCACAGGCUUGAAUGGCGGACUCUUAUGACCUCACUUUACUCCGCUCUUCAAGCUUAGGAACACAGAACGUUACUUAAAGAGGUUCAAAAGGUCAUCGUUUCCGAUCUGUGAUUGGUGGAUUUCGAUCCGUUUUGUGUCUCUGUGUUUCAAGGGUCGUUUCUUGUGAUCGUAGUUUUGAUUGACGGUGUGAAGGCGGCUUUUGAACUUUCGAGUUCGCGUGUUUCGCGUGUUUCUAUUCGUCCAGUCCUUGAAACACUCAAAAUGUGUUCCAACCCUAUUCGGAUCGGGGGUGCCACAAAUACAAUCGCAUAAAGAAGCCCUACACACCUACACACAGGAGGCAGUCUUUGUUCAUGACGAAACAAAGGCUGUUGUUUUCAAAAGCACUGGUUUCGAAAUUCAGUGGAAACCCCUUGGGUGAAGUCGGCGAAGUUAGUUAACCCUUUAAGCCCCAAUAUCCACAUACAAAUUCUUCAAACUGAUCUCUAUACAUUUCCUUAAAGAAUGAGUUGAGAGAAUUUGAUAAAAGAUCAAAGUAUUUUCUCUUAGGUGAUUAUUUAAUUAAUUCUCAUAACCUCAGCUCAUGAUAACAGUGUAUGGGUAUCGUUAGGACAAAAUUGCUGUUGGUCACUAUUGGGACUUGAAGGGUUAAAAUCAGCAAGAAAAGUGGGUAAGUUGACUUUGUUCAUAGCCUGUUACAGGCGUUCUGCUGAGAGAUAAAUCGACUACAUUGUCUUUCUUUCCUCUCGUUAAUUAUUCAAACUGCUCACCACACCACCGUUACCUCAACGAUCCUUCUAUACCACAGUUACCACAUGUUUGGGUUAAGAGUCGCGCCCUUUUGGCCUAGAAAACUGAGUUCACACACAUAGUCUCCAUGGCAGAUGCGAUUUGCGUUGAAAUCAUUCUUAAGACCGUUUCAACACUACGGAUUUUAGAAGAGAGCUAUAGCGUUAAUUUCACGUUCAUUCGUGUGUGAAACGCCGAAAAAACGCAAGGGAAAUUUCAUGAAUCGAAAAUCUAGAUCUAGCCGGGGUCUCAAGGGGUCUUGUUUUGAAUUCAUAUUUCAUCUUUGCAAAUCUUGUGGAUUGAGUUUUUUGCAUUUGGAAGAAUGUCUGUGGUACUGCUUACAGACAGCGCAUUCAAGCUGAUAAGUUCCCCUGUUAUUUCUUUGAGCUCCACUGAGUCGUUGCAAUCAACAGUGAAUCAUACCAUCAUACUAUAGAAUAAAUGUCAUGCAUCAUCUAUGUGACCUUGUAUAAUGUCGGCAUUGUCGCUCUUGAGGAAAGUUUUCAUCUUUGCCGGCUGAAAAACAACGAAAAUUCGAAACCGCAACGGGAAAAGAAAAUUGUUAGUCUAACCGUGGAGGGUCGCAUUUGUGGGAGUUUAAAAUUUUCUUUGCUUUGACACACUGAGAACUGAAAAAGGCCAAAUGCCAGAAAACAUUUUCUCUAUGCCAGGAGCCCAUGGGCUCUUGUCUACGCAUAUCUAAUGGCACUUACUGAUAUAGAUCUUCUAAAUAUGAAAAACAAACAAACAAAUAAACAAAAAAAAAAACAUGCAGUUGUAGACGAUGCAAAGUUUUUAUCUGCUUUUAGUACAUGUAGUUGAUAAACCUGCUUGAUGGCGAUCCGAUAUCGAUCUGAAGGGUUUUACCUUUCCUUCCAACUUUACCUGAGCGUAAACGUGGCAUUAGUCAACGAGCAGGCUAACCAGUUGUGCGAAUUCGGGGAAAAUUAUUUUGGUGGCAGCCAAAAGUGAGCCUGGCUAACGUGGCUCAGGUUAGCUGUUUUUCUUAGCCCGGUUCCAGGCGUUCAAAUAGUGGAGAGCGGAGAAGGAAAAAAAAGAGAAGAUGCGGGGCGGGGGGGCGGGGGGGAGAGAGAGUGAGAGAAGUAGAGGGAAAGAAGAGGGCCAGACGCGCUCUCUCAUCCCCAUUCCUCUUAAGGCCCUUUCACCCCCCCCCCCCCCCCCCCCCCCCUUUUUUUUUUCUUUCUCCCCUUCUUUUCUUUUUUUCCCUCUCACCUCACCGCCGGGGUGGUGUGUGGGGGGGCGGUUGGUGUGGUGUUGGGGGGGGAGAAAGAGGUGGAGGAGGGGGGGAGAAGGGGAGAAGAGGAAGGGGAGGAGGGGGGGGGGGGGGGGGGGGGGGGGGGGGGGGGGGGAGGAGGUGAGGAAGGGGUGGGAAAGAAGGGGGCCAGGACCCCCCUUUCCCCCCCAUUCCUUUUAAGGCCCUUUCCCCCCCCCCCCCCCCCCGAUGUUUUUUUCUCUUGCUCACCUCUGUUUCUAUGUGCUACCCUAGCCUGCGUAGCUGGCGGGAUUAGCGUGGGACUGCUGUAUUGUUUUGGCGGCGGAGCCGCGAGAAGGGUGGGUAUACAAGUCAAUUUGAAGUCCCUCCCUCGCGGCUUCGCAAAAAAGUUUCCCGGGCACAAGAAUCCCGCCAACUACGCAGGCAAGUGCUACCCCCACUACCCGAACGUGCACCUGAAACUGCCUGUCAUAAAGCUCGUAUUCUUUGUUGACUACUGGGGGAAGCCAAACACGUAUGCUCUUUUCUUUGCUGCCACCUAAAGCUCUUUUUCGUUAUAGACCACUGGGGAAACUAAUCACAAUAAACUUAGUCCAUAUUUCUCCUUUCAGAAUGGCCACCUCAGCUUACGAAGCCUCCUACAAAAAGUACUUUGGAGAUAGAUUUGAUAAAAUCACCAAAAACUCUUCAGAUGAAGAAGUUCGCAAUCUUUAUGAUAAGUGGGCAGCCGAUUAUGACAAGGUAUCAAUAAUAAUAGCUUGUUAAAUCAGGUUGGCUUGUUUUCUAGGGCGUCAAACGAGAGCCUAGUCUCCCUCGCAGCCGUUUUUUGGAUGUCACGCAACGCUCCCAUCCAAUAAACUGCUGCGAGGGAGACUAACGAGAGCCUUGCACGUCCCGUGUUUAUGCAACUUCCUUGAAGCAUUCCCUUUAACAAUAAUUCAAGUUAUCUAUAUAGAGUGUACUUUAUGUCACAACCAAUCUCUUUCUAGAUUUCCAAUAAGAUUCGUCUAUAUUCACCUUCCCCCUACAUGUAGGCGGAAAACGACGAAAAAAAAAACAUACCCCUCGUAUUGUGCCCCCUCUGGCAUGGUUGUCGUGCCGGAACAAAAGCAAGAGAUUAUUCGCUCUUGGUAAAAGCUAUCCGUUAUAGCGUGAAUAUUACCUUAGAGAACACAAACUUGAAUGUUCAUUUAAGUAAUGAUGGAAGUUUUCUUCUUUUAAUGGUAUGCCCAUGCAGGAAAAUGCUGCCGCUGGCGGGUGCUUCAAUAAACCAGUCGCUGAAUGCUUGGACUCCACCGUGCAUCAAGUCUUUCCCAACGCACCGAAAGAUCAGCUGAAAAUCCUCGAUGCUGGAGCUGGGACAGGGCUGACAGGAUUCGAACUUCAUAAACUCGGCUACACUAAUAUUGACGCUCUAGAUAUCUCGCAAGAGAUGCUGAAUGUAGCUAAGGAGAAAGGCGUGUACAGGAGAUAUGUCUGCUAGUUCUCUGACGGAAAAGAAGAUUGAUGAGUUUGAAACAGGCGAAUUUGAUGCUCUGAUUGCCACUGGUGUCCUAGUGAAAGCUCAUGUUCGUCCAGCGGCAUUUGUAGAAAUGAUUAGGAUGGUGAAGGCAGGUGAGUCUUGAUCCAGAACCACCCACCGUAAACAGUUGUCCCUUGCCAACGGAAGAAAUCAAUACCGCAGAUUGUUUUCGAUUGGUUUUGUCUAUGUCUUAGUCUGAAUAUUUGUACACUAGCAGAAUCGACAGAAAGAGACUGAAUAGAGAGGUUAACCAUCACGUUUACUUCAAACGGCAAACGCGAAUUUACAUCACGUGACCAAUUUCCUCUUUACUUGUCGUUUACUUUUCAUUAUUUCUAGAAAUAAAUUAGUAGUUUCAGGUAAUUUUUUAUCCAUAAGAAUUGUCUUAAACUGUUUUUAUCUGCUCAUUUUAAUUCUAUUUUGAAAAAUUCUCAAUUUGAAUCUGACUUUUGCCGUUUGCCGUACCUCCGUGAAGCUUAAACUCUCUAUUGUCGACAUGCGCUGGAACGCUAGCUACCUACCUAAUUCUCCUCACGUGAUUGUAGUUCAGCGAGUAGAAAAUAUUCUAUCAGACAUUUACACCUUUUAAUCCGUUUUAGAGGCUACUAACAAAAAGAUUAACUUUUUGACAAACUCUCAUCUCAGGAUCUCAGGUGUAAUUCUAGCUAGCCUGUUGACAAGCUCUGUGGACACCAACCGGAAGGACCUGUCGCCAGGGUAACUAGCAGUUUUUUUGGAGAGUGCGCGCGUGAAGGAGCGGAGAAUAGAGAACAGACGCGAGGGAGACGUUUUUGAGCUAUGCACGUCAACCGGAACUGGAUGUUUUUCCUUGGACAAUGGCUUUGCCCAAAUUUUCGGGCAAGUCGUGCGAAAGAGUAAAGAUUACACCUAGUUAUACAACGCUGGUGGUGUCAAGGCGAAAAGGCCUAACUUCCGGUUUGGGUGCGUCGCUCAAAAAAACGUUUGCAGAAGCUCCCCAAUCGCAGCUUCUACGCUCGUCCACGCGCGUGCUGCCCCAAGAACUGCCAACUACGCAGGCUAUAUUGCCUGUCUUUCCAAUCUCCUUUAAAUAUGCUCCUACUAUGAGCCAAGUUGCAAAAUAUAAAAUACAAAUUGUUAUUUUAUACCAAGUCUAACGUUAUUUUUAUCGUUGAUAGGUGGCCUCGUCUGCUUUACCCUUCGAUUAAGUGAAGUAGAUGACUACCAACCGAAGAUGACGGAGCUAGAGGAAGCUGGAAUAUGGGAAAAACUCUGCCACAAGAAGAUCCCUCAUUUUGACAAACCUGACAUGCCCAGUCACCUCUUCGGCUUCGUGUAUCAAGUUUUAAAGAAAUAAACUUUAAAAGAUUAAGUAUAAUCAACUGAGUUGAUACAGAGCUGUUACAAUUAAGGUUUUAUUAGGAGCUACUAUCAUGAGUAAUCAAAAGAAUUCUAAAGUUGUUUCUUACGCCACGUGGCUUUGGUACGGAUUAUAUUAUCCUUCCUUGGUACUACACAACUCAUGUACAUUGACUUGUGUGACUUCUCAUUAUCACAGCAAGUGUGGCUAUA